AUGAUGCAAAUAGACCUCGCAGACGACCAAGACGAAAGACAGAGGAGACUCCAAGAAUGGGACAGUGACGACGACCCGGGGAAUCCGCGCAACUGGUCCACGCUGAGAAAGACUCUGACAACGACCGUCAUCGGCUUGAUUGGGUUCGCAACCACUGUCAAUGCCUCCAUCUAUUCUUCUGGUCAUGAGCAGGUCAAAAGAGACUUCAAUGUGUCAACGACGGUCUCUCUGCUUCCGCUUUCGGCAUACUCCCUGGGACUGGCAUUUGGACCGAUGAUCUCCUCUCCACUCUCUGAGACAUUCGGCCGCAAAUUCGUUUACCUCCUUACCCUUCCGAUGGUGGAUCUCUUCACGCUCGGUGUCGGGGCGUCGCAGGGGAUCGCUUCGUUGAUAGUGUGCCGCUUCGUCGCCGGCGUCUUCGCAGCACCGGGCGUCUCAGUGGCAGCGGCGACAAUUACUGACUACACACCCCCUUCUAGGAGAGUCAUUCCGCUGGGGAUCUACUACGCAAUCCCGACAAUAGGAAGCUCAAUGGGUCCCUUGAUCGGUUCAUUUGUGGUCGAGCAGCGCGGCUGGCGAUGGACGGCAUGGACACCGCUCAUCAUGGCGGCAGUCGUCCAUCCGCCAGCCAUCUUCAUCAGAGAGUCAUAUAAGCCGAUCCUGUUGCAAAGGCGCGCAGAGAAACUGGGUGGCGAAGGUGUCCUGCCUGUGCAGCGCCAAACUGCAAUGCAGCUCUUUAAAGAAUUCGUCACCUCGACCAUCGUCCGCCCGCUCCAUAUGCUCUUCACCGAGCCCCUCGUCGGCUUCAUCUGCCUCUACUGCGGCUUCCAGUUUGCCCUGCUCUACACCUUCAUCGUCGCCAGCCCGCGCGUUUUUGCAGACGUCUACGGCUUCUCCCCUUCUGGUCAGGGCCUCUCCUUCCUAGGCAUGGUAGCCGGCUGCAUAUGUGCACCUCUAGUCCUCUUCACAGUCGACCGGAUUGUGCAGCUAAAUCCUACCCUCCGAAUCCGAAAUAACAACACUGAGGGCGGCGGAUCGCCCCCAGAGCUCAAGCUCUACACAGCCAUGUUUGGCUCUCUCAUCCUCCCCACCGGCCUCUUCCUCUUCGCCUGGACGGCGAAACCGCACAUCCACUGGAUGGCCCCCAUUGUAGCACAAAGCCUGACAUUCCUUGGCAGUAUGCUUAUAUACAUCCCCUGUAACUUCUACAUGCUUGACGUGUAUGGGUCUAAAUACGGGGCGUCUGCAAGUGGGGCGUCAAGCUUGACAAGGUAUACCCUUUCCACUGCGUUCCCGCUGUUCGUACCGCAGAUGUACGACGCGCUGGGGGUGGACUGGGCGACUAGUCUUCUGGGAUUUCUAGCUACGGUGAUGGCGCCGAUUCCGUGGGUUUUCUUCUACAAGGGGCCAGGGUUUCGGGCGCGUAGUGGAAUAAACAUUUACAUUAUCCCACGCAGCCUAAAAUUAGCCAAGGAAAACGUCGCCAAGGGCCAGCCGUUCGGGCCCGUGCAUUGGGGUCGGAUUAGUGGAUUGUUCGCAGGACAUCUGAGGACGCAGGGUAUAAGAACAUCGCCGGGUCCAUCCUCUGCAAGGUUCGGCUCCGUUCACUCCAAUCAUUCUUACAGCUACAUCUUGAGCCCUAUCUGCCUGCCUAUUAACAAGGCUACUCUAUCCGAAAUGACCGCACCACACCGCCGUAAACCAAUCCCCCAGCCUCAUGGCCGCUCUCACUCUCAUCCUACCGCUAUUUCCCAUCCCCAUCCUCACUCCCCAGCGCCGGCAUACACCAGACCUGCUCAACCCCGUGCACCACAGCAGAUGGCAUACCAUCCUCCUCAGUCUCUGGCCCAUGGUACUCCAGCUCCAGCACGGUCUCGCUCCCACUACCUCCCUCAUCCCCGCUCGGCUCCAGCGCAAGCAAGACAACUCUCCCACAUUCAAACAACGCAGCGCCACCACGGCCAACAGUUGAAACAGCACACCACUCAGAUAUCGCAGCAUGCAAAUACAAUGAAGUCCCAAGCGAAGCUAAACCAAAGUGCCCAGAAAGAGAACGCGCAGAUAGCAAAGAGCAUGCAGAAACAAUUCGCAGCACAGCAAAAAACAUUCAACAAGCACGCCAAUGCACAACAAAGGGCUUUUGAUAAGCAAUCUGCUGCGCACCAGAAGCACUUCGAGAAACAGAAUGCUGCCCUUGCAGCUCAGUAUGAGAGAGACCGCGCCGCAAUGGACCAUGAAAUGGAACAGAUCCGGCAUGCUGAUGCGCAGAGGCAGUAUGAGUACGAGCAAUAUAUGUGGUAUAAGUCACAGGCGCAGGUGGAGCAAGACAGGAAAGAUUGGGAUAAGACUGUUGCAGGUGUUGUUGCAGGAGCGGCACUUGGGGCUGCGGCCGGUGCAGCAGCGGGGGUUGCAUGGGAAAGGGAGCAGUGGGAAGAGCAGCGAUUGCAAGCUGAAGCUGAGCGGCAGGAAGAUUCGAGCGAACUAGAGCCAUCUGACUAUGAGUAUGAGAGCAGGAACGAGGGGUAUCAGACUCAGAGUUUGGGGUAUGACAACGGCAACUCGGGGUAUAACGACAGUGGGUAUGAGCAGCAGCAGCCGUAUACAUCUCUCGACUUUAUGACGCAGAAUAGGGAUGGGAACGACGGGGAUGACGACUGCUGCGAUGGUUGCUGUGGAGGGAAUGGGAAUGAUGACGACGAUUGCUGUUGCUGA